UCAAAAAAUCUGGUCCUCCACAUAGCAAUGAGCUGUGAUGUAAAGAUGGAGUUUGUUGAAGAGGAGAAUGAUGAUACAUGCCAUCAGUGUGGAAAGAGCUUGUCAUGUAAAGCAAGUCUCAAAGAGCACAUGAGAAUUCACACCGGAGAGAAACCGUUCACAUGCCCUCAGUGUGGAAAGAGUUUCUUACGUAAAGGAGGCUUUAAGAUUCACAUAAGGAUUCACACCGGAGAGAAGCCGUAUGUGUGUCAGCACUGUGGAAAGAGCUUUAUAAGUCAAGGAACGCUUGGCACUCACUUAAGGUCUCACAGUAAUGAGAAACCGUUCAAGUGUCCUCAGUGUGAAAAGAGUUUCAGACGUAAAGACCUCUUCAGUCGUCACAUGAGAGUUCACAGUGGAGAAAAGCCUUUCUCAUGUCCUCAUUGUGGAAAGUAUUUUCUAACUAAAACCCACCUUCAUACUCACUCACGAAUUCACACCGGAGAGAAGCCUUACACAUGUGAUCAGUGCGGAAAGAGUUUCAAAUGGACAAAUACUUUCAGAGUUCAUAAACUCCUUCACUCCGGAGAAAAGCCAUUUAAGUGUGAUCAGUGCGAUAAGAGGUUUGUUAUGAAAUCAGACCUAAAGGCCCACAUGAAAACUCACACAAAAGAGAAGCCUUACUUGUGUUCUGUUUGUGGAAAGAGGUUUUCAUGGCGGCGCUGUUUUAAAGAACAUCUAAAAAUCCACUCUGGUGUGAAAGAGUAUUUGUGCGCAGAUUGUGGAAAAGCCUUUAUUACAGCCACUCAGCUGAAAGUGCACCGCAGGAUCCAUACUGGAGAAAAACCUUACAAGUGCUCACAUUGUGAGAAGAGUUUCAGAUGGUUAGGAACCCUGCAAGACCAUGAGAGAAUCCACACUGGAGAGAAACCAUUCCAGUGCCAUCAGUGCGGCAAGAGAUUCAGACACAAUAGAGCAGCACGGAUUCACAGAAAUAAGCAUUGCCCAAAAGCAAAAUCCAAGUCAAUAUGACUGGAGAAACAAGACCUUAAGAGCUCAACAAUUAAUUAGUGCUCUAUUCUUGCCCUUGUUUUAUUGUUAUUUGUUAUUUUAAAUUUCCAAAUUACCUAAGUUGUUUGUAGAAUGAAAAUAACGUGGUUAAGUAUUUAUGAUUGUUCCUACACUUGUAUUACUGUAAUUAUAUAAAUGUUUAAUAUGAAUGUUUAAUAUGGACCUUUUUAUUAAAACAAUUAUU